AUGAACAGCCUGCUCGUACUACAGGACCCUUGGUCGCCCAUCCGCUGUAUACAUCUCCGCAGGAUCGUGUUUAUGGCUGCAAGACGGCAUGCGCGUGAAAAUCGGUACCACAAGGAGCUUUGGUUUCUUCUUGCGAGAUGGCAGACAGAUUCAGGUUCCUUGGUACAUGCAGACGCUUGCAUGCCUGCCAUAAGGCUGAACGCCCUAAAAGAGCGGAAGCAGAAGGAGGAGGAGGAGAAGCAGCUCAAGCGCGAGGCCGCACGGGCCAAACGCCGGUCCGAAGCGACACAGAAAGAAGUCGCUGACGAGCAAGCUUUGGCGGACUGUGAAGCGCAAGCGUGGCAAGACAGCGAGAACGUUGCGAGAGUGAAGUACGAAGCCGCGCUGGUCGUCCGAAUAGCGCUGAAGUUCGGAAGCACUGGCGUCUGGACCAAGAUAGCAGAGGCAAGGGCUAGAGGUUCCGACUUGCCGCUGGAUCCCCGCAAGAUCUACUUGCUGGCGCAUCCCGACAAAUGCCCCUUGCCUGAAGCGGCAGAUGCCACGGCUAUCCUCAACGCGCAGCGCCCCCCCGAGAUGACGGAGGCCCGGCCGCGGCCCGCGGCCAAAGCCCCGGCGAAGUCGGCGCCCUCAGCGCCGGCGCCUUCGCCGGCGCCCGAGCCAGAGGUUCCUGAAGCGGAGGAGGAUGAUCCAGUGGAGGAGGGGGAGGAGAAGCGGAUUGAUCCCGAUGACUCGCAGGAGCUCACUUUUCAAGAGCUCCAGGAGAAGUACAAGAGCUUGUGGAUGGCUGAGGACAUCCAGGAGUACUGGGACUCCGACUGUCAGCCGCUGAAGACGUCGCGGAAGCCGGCAAAGGCCACGGCCGCCGCCGCGCCGGCGCCGGCGCCGGUACCGGCACCCGCACCAGCCAGUCCGGAAGAGCCAGUGGGGCAGGCGCAGCGGAAGACGCGGCGGUUCUGA